AUUUGGCUGAAAUCACGCAUAGUAACUUUCCUGCAAGUGCUGUCCUAAAUUGCAAUCAUGCCGGGUGGAUCUCCUGCUCGAACUCCGCUUAUCAACUCCGAGCUGGUGCCGCAACAACAGGGAAUGACUGGUGCUUCUGCUCCCAGUGCACGCCAGGCCAUCAAUGACGAUGCCCUGAUGUCUGCGCAGGAGCAGACUCCGGCCUAUCGGGCGCUUUACGAAAACAACUUGAUCUGCAACCAGUACCGAAUUCGCAGAGUGGAGGAUCUGGACAUGAUCAAGGGAAACUGGGACUUGAACCAGAGCUUGAUGCUGCAGGCACUUAGCUGUCAUGGCUGCUGCUGUUUGGUGAAGUUCUUCGUGGUGAACGCCGGCUGCAUCCGCAGGGGCAGACAUCAGAACGGCCGCUACAUGUUCUUUGGGCCUGGCGUGCAUGUGUAUCCUUCACCCUACAUCAGUGUCGACCACCACGACGUGAGGCUCACGGAGGGUGCCAUCAUUCAUGGCACCAAGGCGAUCAUUACAGUGACGCAAGGCUUCGUGGGCCUAGCCAUGGAUCGCGGGCAGCCAGUACUUCUUCCACCUGGCCUCCAUCAAUGGGAUAGUCCCACCAUUGAGUUCCAGCGCCUCAUUGACCUUGCAUCCAGCAUCAUUUGCCUGGGGCCAUACACCCUCAUCACUGUCGACGAGGGCUAUGCUGCAGUGACACAGGACAACGGAGAACAGAAAAUCCUUGAAGGAGGCCGGGCAUAUAUGCUGACCCACAGGAACUGGAAGUUUGAGAAGUUCAUGACGAAGAAACUUCAGACAAACGACGUGGGCCCGAUGAAGGUGACCACAGGCGAUAACGUGCCCUUGGAGGCUACAGCAACAGUGAACUGGCUCAUAGAGGAUGCCAAGCUGGCGGCACGGAUGGCAGCGAACACCAUGGCUGAUAACCAGCGCAGCGCCGUGACCAACGCUGGAGAGUUCGACAUCAGCAAGCUUCGUCAGGAUGUGCUGCGGCAGGUAACCGCUUCGUUGGCAUCCUUCAUCGGCUCAGUCAGUUACUCUGCUCACGGCCACGAGGCCAUGAUGGCCCGCAGUGAGACCGACAAGAAACGAGAGGCUGGUGUUGAAGUGGACAACGAGGGUCGAAGGGCGCUCUUUGAUCCUGAUCGAUUGGUGAAGUCAGCGGAGCAUGCGAACACGAUUUGUCAUCAGUAUGGGGUCAAGAUCUUGUCCAUCAAUCUCAUUUCUGCUUCUCCUUCGGACCGUGGCCUUUUAGAUGCUCUUAGUCAAGGGGCUGUGGCAUCCGUGGCAGCGGAGCAAACAGAGACAGCAGCAAGAGGCGAUGCACAAGCACUGCUACUGAAGGCAAAGGCGGAGGCGGAAGCAGCCAGAAUCCGCGCAGAGGGAGACGCCCGCGCAGAGGAGCUCCGUGCAGAAGGCUCUCUGAAGGCUGCGAAAAGGCUCGAGGAUUCCGAGGUGGCAGUCUCGCUGGCAAAACUCAAAACAGCUGGCGCCUGCCUCAAGGAUGGCAAGGCGAACUCGUUCUUCUUUGGACUGCAGGGUGCCACAGACAUUCCUGGAGGCAUGCUCGGCACAGCAGCCUUGGCUGGUGCUGUAACCAAAGAUUCUUGAGAAGGUCGCCAUCGUUGAGGCGAACGAACCUGUAGCGCGCUUGCGAAGCGAACGUGAGCUACAGUCCGACUGCACCAGUCACAGACCAGCCACUGAGCUGCUGGUUCUUUUCAUACAGAAGGCCGGCAGGAAGAUUUUG